GUCACCAAGAUGCCCAUCCUGGAAAAAGCUCCCCAAAAGAUGGCAGCAAAAACUCCCAGCAGUGAGGAGGAGCCUUUGCCCAAACUUCCAGUGCCCCCUCUGCAGCAGACCCUGGCCACUUACCUGCGAUGCAUGCAGCACCUAGUACCCGAGGAACAGUUCAGGCGGAGCCAGGCCAUUGUGCAGCGGUUUGGGGCCCCUGGUGGCCUUGGUGAGACCCUGCAGCAGAAGCUCCUGGAACGACAGGAGAAAACAGCCAAUUGGGUGUCUGAGUACUGGCUGAAUGACAUGUAUCUCAAUAACCGCCUGGCCCUGCCUGUUAACUCCAGCCCAGCUGUGAUAUUUGCCCGGCAGCACUUCCAAGAUACAAACGACCAGCUAAGGUUUGCAGCCAACCUUAUCUCUGGUGUGCUCCAUUACAAGACCCUGCUGGACAGCCACUCCAUCCCUACUGACUGGGCCAAGGGCCAGUUGUCGGGGCAGCCGCUCUGUAUGAAGCAGUACUAUGGGCUCUUCUCCUCCUACCGGCUCCCCGGCCACACCCAGGACACACUGGUGGCCCAGAAAAGCAGUGUCAUGCCAGAGCCGGAGCACGUGAUCGUGGCCUGCUGCAACCAGUUCUUUGUCUUGGAUGUUGUCAUUAAUUUCCGCCGUCUCAGUGAGGGGGAUCUGUUCACUCAGUUGAGAAAGAUAGUCAAAAUGGCUUCCAACGAGGAUGAACGCUUGCCUCCAAUCGGCCUGCUGACGUCAGAAGGGAGGAGCGAGUGGGCUGAGGCCAGGACGGUCCUCGUGAAAGACUCCACCAACCGGGACGCGCUGGAUAUGAUUGAACGCUGCAUCUGCCUCGUGUGCCUGGACGCCCCGGGAGGCGUGGAGCUCAGCGACACCAACAGGGCACUUCAGCUCCUUCAUGGCGGAGGCUGCAGCAAGAAUGGGGCAAACCGCUGGUAUGACAAAUCCCUGCAGUUUGUGGUGGGCCGAGAUGGUACUUGUGGUGUGGUGUGCGAACACUCCCCGUUUGAUGGCAUCGUCCUGGUGCAGUGCACGGAGCAUCUGCUCAAGCACAUGGUGAAGAGCAGCAAGAAGCUGGUCCGGGCCGACUCAGUCAGCGAGCUCCCGGCCCCCAGGAGGCUGCGUUGGAAAUGCUCCCCGGAAAUUCAAGGCCUCUUAGCUUCCUCGGUGGAAAAACUUCAACGAAUAGUAAAGAAUCUCGACUUCACUGUUUAUAAGUUUGACGUCUUUGGGAAAACAUUCAUUAAGAAGCAGAAAUGCAGUCCUGAUGCCUUCAUCCAGGUGGCCCUCCAGCUGGCCUUCUACAGGCUCCACGGGACACUCGUGCCCACCUACGAGAGUGCGUCCAUUCGCCGGUUCCAGGAGGGCCGCGUAGACAACAUUCGAUCAGCGACUCCAGAGGCACUGAGUUUUGUCAAAGCCAUCACUGACCACGAGGCUGCUGUGCCGGAGUCAGAGAAGUUGCUGCUCCUGAAGGAUGCCGUCCGAGCCCAGACUGAGUACACAGUCAUGGCCAUAACAGGGAUGGCCAUUGACAACCACUUGCUGGCGCUGCGGGAGCUGGCCCGGGACACAUGCAAGGAGCUGCCCGAGAUGUUUACAGAUGAAACGUACCUGAUGAGCAACCGGUUCAUCCUCUCAACCAGCCAGGUGCCCACAACCAUGGAGAUGUUUUGCUGCUAUGGUCCUGUGGUACCUGAUGGGUACGGGGUCUGCUACAACCCCCAGCCAGAGAGCAUCCUUUUCUGCAUCUCCAGCUUUCAUGGCUGCAAAGAAACCUCUUCUACCAAGUUUGCGAAAGCAGUGGAAGAAAGCCUCACUGAAAUGAGGGGCCUCUGCAGUCCACCACAGUCUACAGUGGGCAAGCCACUGGCAACAAAAGAAAAAGCAACAAGGCCCAUCGAGGGACACCAACCUUGACUUCUGCCACUAGGUUCCACGUCCCCAAACCCAGCAUUCUGCUGCCGCCAGACCCUGCCAAACCCCUACCCCCAACCCUCUCCCUAGCUUUCAGUAGCUCCUGUCCUCAGGGCCCAACCCAGAGACCACACGGAGGCAUCACGCAAAGCAGGAGCGUGAGGAGGAAAGUGUCCCUCAUUAGGCAUGGGGAUUGUCCUUAUUUGCCAAACUGCCCUCUGGCCUGUGUACUGGGAAGUAAGCCAGGCCUGGCUCUGAGGUAGCCUUGGGGAGGUGGGCAAGUCUACACCACCUUCCCUCCAUGGCCUCAGAAACUUAAUGGGGGUGUUUGCUUCUCUAGCAGGACCUAGUGUGUCCAGGUAAUGUUUUGCCCAACAAAAGAAUGAGUCACCCUAUUACAUGCAGUGUACCUACAUGAAUCACAAAGAAAGAGGCUAACCCCAGGUCAAUACCUCUUUUCUUUGGGGGAGGAGUAGGGGGCAUUGCUUUCAGAUUUGAAGCAGUGUCUUCCUGACAUUCAGAAUGACCUGCACUGAGCUGUACAGGGCUGCAAACACCCCGUCCCCUCCACACACACAGACACACACACACACAGAGUUAAUUUAAAAUACAGUGCCCCAGGCCCCAAAACACAUUUCUCCUUUCAUCUCCCAGGGGCAGCCUUCCAUUGAGUUCGGGGAAAAUCUGGUCCUGCUCUUCCGAGAGGGGGGAAAGAAUCAUCCACCAUUGUGUGGGCAUCGUGUUGCUCGGCCUCCCCGGGGGCAUCAGCGACAGGCCGGGAUGAGGAAACAGCACGAUGCCCGCCAAGCAGCAGGGAUGGGGAGGGAGGACCAGUCCACUUCCCCAAGAAUCCUGCCACUAGCAUUUUUUCUGGUCGCUUCCCCACUCCCCUUCACGGGAAUCAUCCCCCUUAUAGGUGAUCUGCCUUCUAGAGGAGAAGAGAGAGGGUUGCUUUGGGGAUUUUCUGUCAUUGCUUAUUUGUUUUGUUUUAUUCAUUCUUAAGAGAGGCUUCUAAGAAAACCACUGCGACAUUAAUUUCAGAAAAUGAUCUCAGUGGCCCAAGCAGGACACCUGCGGAUAGCAGGUGGAAGAUGUUAUCUAGGGAUUCUAACUAAACCCCAUGUGGACAAGUGCAGAGCAGGGCUCUCCCUGGCCUGGCAGGGGGGAGGGGGGAGCAGGUUUGAGGAGACAGCUGGUGGGGAGCAGGGCCAGGAGGAGGGAAGAGCUAUGUCCAGAGUCAGCCCUGUUGGAGGGGCAGGCCGUGCACAGAGCCAAAGUUAAGUUUGUCCUGAGAGAUUGCGAUCAUCAAGGAGAUAGGAAAAGCACUUCCCAUCGGGGAAUAUUUUUAUGGUAAAUCUCAAAAGGCAAAGGAGUGGGAAAGCAACCAGAAAAUCAAAACUGCAAAUAGCUGAGGCAGCCUGUCUCUGUCCAGAGGAGGUACAGAGCUUGACUCUCGCCACUGAGUUCUGCUGUGCAACCUGCAGGGGAGUUCUGACAAGGCCCCCUCGCCCCACUCGCACUGCACUCUGGCCCAGGGACCCUGCACAAGUCCCUCUGGGCCACUGUGCAAGCUUUCUGCACUUUGACCUCUAUUGAAGGCAGGGCUGAGAUGGGGGCAGCUGGCAUUAUGACCUUUGCUCAGUUCUUUGAAAACACAAACAGGCCCAAGCAGUAAAUUCCUUGAGCCCUGGUUUUAGAUUGAGGGUUUCUGUUGGAUGAUCUGGGAGAUUCUGACACUGCCCUUCAAAAUCAUUGGUCUCUACGUCCAUACUCCUUCCACAGAUGUCCUCCUUCCAGCCCCCUUGGGAAGUUGCAGCCCAGGAGUCUUGGGAAUAUCUGGGGAACUACUGUCCCCCUGCUGUAAGUUGACCCAAAGCCACUUGUCUCUUCAAAUGACCACAGUACAGAUCUGAGUUCUCUUCUGGUUUCCUUCCAUGGAUUUCUGGGCAGACAGAGAGCUCUGGUUUGAGGGUCAGGUAACCCCAUUGACCUUAACCAAGAGACUUAAAUGCCCAGACACUCAAUUCCCUCCAUCAUCAAAUGGGGACAAGAACAUCCUGACCUUGCAAGACUGUGAGGACUGUAGAGCACAUGUGUAAAGAGCCUCGCACAAGCAGGUGGGGACACUGGUGUCCACCAUCAGGAUGAUGUUACUCCAGCAGGCCCUGUUCAAGUGAAUUUGUUUUGAACUUUUUACACUGAUUUGAAAGAACCAAACUCACAUGUAUCAUUCUCUGAGCAUAGGGGAAAGGAAACUGACUCUGUAUAUUCAGAUAUCAACCAUACACUGUGAGGGCUUCAAGAAGUGUAGGAUUGUGUACAUUUGGCAGGAGGGAACACCUCCUCUUUCUGAGGAAGAAUCUGGAAGCUGGUCUUCCCCCUCCAAGAACAGGUGGAUGCACUGAGUCUUUAUGCAAAGGCAAUGCUGAGCCAUGGCCAUGGGCAUCUCGGGGGGAUCCUGGUAAUGGAGACUGUUCCAAGUGUUCCCAAAGAGAUGGAAAAUGAAAGCUGCAGACCGUCACUUUGGGGCAGUGAUGCAUAAUAAACAUGCUUUUGGCCACCUUACAAUACUGCUAAGUUGCCAAAAUAUAUAAAGUUGACAUUUGAGUUCUAUUUUUAUAAAAUUGUUCUAGAUUUAUGGCAAUAUAUACAUGUGUAUUUAUAGCCUUCCAAUUUUAAGUUAUAGUUUUGUGCUUUAAAGAAAUAUAUGUAUUACUAAAGAACUGUAUAUUGAAAGCACUAUAUUCAAAAUAUUUAAAGACCGUAAGUCCGUAUUCAAUAAAAAGU